GCUGAUCCUUCCACAGUGGGACCAGUGCUUCCAGUACUUCCAGCACUUCCUCCAGCAACAGGUCCUGCACUGCCGGUGCUGCUACUGCUGCUGCUGGGAGAUGUUUUAGGAGCCCCAGUGUUAUUGUUUGAUGGAGGCGGAAGAGCUUCUCCUUCAAUUCCAUCUACAUCAUCUUCACUUUCAUCAAGACUUUGUACACGAUCUGAUACUAUCCCUGAUGUUGUGUUGGAUGAUGUAUUGCUGAUAACUGAAAUACGUUGAUCGCUGUGAUGUCCUUUGUAAUUGGCACUUAACUUUGGAAAAUCACUUGGUCCCAGGCUUCGUGAGUACAUGUACGAAUCACGAUACCUCUUUUUUUCUGUGAAAAGUACAAUGAUUUUCUGAUGUGAAUAUUAUUACAAGCAACUGAAAAAAUAUUUUACUUCUUUCUUAAUUAACCAGUC